AUGUUUGUGUUGCCAGUACAUCUGGAGAAACGACACUGCAGUCCGUUCUGCAACGUUCGGUUGGUGGCGGCAAGUCCUUGGAAACGCUUCGCGAAACGUCGCCUUUGGCUGUGCGGGGGCGCAGGUGGCCCGCCCUCCUUCGGUCGGGGAAACACCGACGAUAAUGACGAUGACGACGACGACCAGAACGAUAAAAACCGCUCUAAUGGACCAAACGAACACAAAGACGACGCGAGCGACGGCCUAAACUGGUCACUGCUGCAGCGGCGGGUGCGGGAACUGCGAGCAGCUGCUGCGCACGAAGCGAACGCCUCGGAGCGCAACUGGCAAACGGGGCGCUGUGAGCGGCUCGCGCUCCUUGUCUUCGAAGACGAUGACGUUGCAGGCUUCAAAUACGUCAACUCGGAGGUUCUGGUCGGCUCCAGGUCUGGUCAAGUUCGUUGGGUCGACCUGGAGCACCGACGCCUGUUGCGCACCCUCGAAGCACCGUGCUCUCGCAUCGACCCGUCGACUGUAGCGGCAACGAGUGCUCUCGACUUUGAUGGUUCCGUAGCAGCGAUUGGCUAUGCAGACGGAUCUCUCCAGUACUGGUUUCUGCGUCAAGAGACGCCCGUGAACUUUUUAUCGUGGCCAAAUGUGUUUCAAGCACCGGUGGUGGGUAUUGCGUUGCUCCCGGGGGGCCGCUUCGCUGCCGCAUCCCUCGAGGGACGCCUACGAGUCUACCCAGCGGAACCGCCUCGCCCGGGCGAGCUUGUGGUUCCAGUGCCGCCACUCGUAGACAUCGACGUGCAAGUGCCGGUGCUGUCGAUGGAAGCAACGACCCAACACUGUCUUAUUGGUUGCCUUGACGGUACCAUUCGCGUGUACUCCCUUGCGAACGGGAGCUGCGUGCUGCGUCUCAACCCCAGCGCAAACGAAGAGCGGGCAGCUGGAAUUUCUGCUAUCUAUUACGAAACAUCGACUGAAACGCUCUGGAUUGGUGAUGAGCUUGGACUGGUACGCGCACUGAACCUCCAGCAAGGGGAGCUCAUCCAGCGUUUCCAAGCGCAUCGUGGUGGAGUUCGUUCCAUUUUUGCGGAUGCCACGAAAUUGGUCACAGCUGGACGUACUUCCGUCCCUGGAGAGAAACCCAUAGACUUUGUGGAAGACGUACUCCGAGUCGCCGAAACAGCCCGGAAGGAGACGAUUCCCAUUCCGGCUGUAGGAGCGGAAGUGGACGACGCAGGCGCAUCGUUCCCGCAUAUCGAAAGUAAUAUUCCGGGGCUGUCGGGUGGAAGCAUUCGCGUCUGGUCGCAGACGUAUCAGCGACCGCUUUUUGAACUCGUUGGUCACUCCGAAUCGCUCUCCACUGUGCAGUUUGAUCAGAACAAGAUGGUAAGUGAUGGUCUGGGUAGCGUGCUGCUGAUCAAUCGCUUUGGUCUGAAAAUCUAA